GCCGUGGCGCUUCGCAGGAAGCUUGGCACCCGCCGCCCGUGUCGUGUGAUUCAAGCACAGCGUCAUUGCUCGGAAGGCAUCAAGAAAUGCGCUCGAAACGAAACGGAAAGCCACCACCGCGCCGGUCGCCCUCUCCACCACUUUACCAAAGCGACAAUUCCCUUUUCUCUCUUUAUAAUAACCCUAAUCGCCUCCUCCUCCUCUUCCAUCUCUGAUUCGCCCUUCACCACUCGAUCAGCAAUGGGCCAGGCAUUUUGUUGCAUUCAAGUGGACCAGUCAACUGUGGCCAUGAGAGAAACUUUUGGGAAGUUUGAUCAUGUGCUUGAGCCUGGAUGCCACUUCCUGCCAUGGUGUUUGGGGAAACAGAUUGCUGGUUAUCUUUCACUCCGUGUGCAACAACUUGAUGUUCGUUGCGAAACAAAGACAAAGGAUAAUGUAUUUGUUACGGUUGUUGCUUCUAUCCAAUACAAUGCUCUUGCUGACCAGGCAUCUGAUGCAUUCUACAGGCUCAGCAACACAAAGGAGCAAAUCCAAUCCUAUGUUUUUGAUGUCAUCAGGGCUAGUGUUCCAAAGCUGAAUUUGGAUGAUGUGUUUGAGCAGAAGAAUGAUAUCGCUAGAGCUGUUGAAGAUGAGCUUGGAAAGGCAAUGUCAUCAUAUGGUUACAAAAUUGUUCAAACACUAAUCGUGGAUAUCGAGCCUGAUAAUCAUGUGAAGAAAGCAAUGAAUGAGAUCAAUGCAGCUUCUAGAAUGAGAGUUGCAGCAAAUGAAAAAGCUGAAGCGGAGAAGAUACUGCAGAUUAAGCGGGCUGAAGGAGAAGCAGAAUCUAAGUACUUGUCUGGCUUGGGUAUAGCACGGCAACGCCAGGCCAUUGUGGAUGGCCUGAGGGACAGCGUGCUUGCCUUCUCUGUCAACGUGCCAGGAACCACAGCUAAGGAUGUCAUGGACAUGGUUCUGGUGACACAGUAUUUCGACACAAUGAAGGAGAUCGGGGCCUCCUCGAAAUCCUCUUCUGUGUUCAUUCCCCAUGGUCCUGGGGCUGUGAGGGACAUUGCUGCCCAAGUUAGAGAUGGCCUUCUCCAAGGUAGCGCCAUCCAUUGAACAGAAGAAAUAAGGGAUGGCAUUGGAGUCAGCAGUUUAGAUUGGUAUUGUUUGUAUUAUCAGUUGUCUUCUAAAGUAGCAUCUUAUUCGGUAUAGAUGGAAUCGAAGGUAUAAUAUGCAGGUAUCAGUAGUCGGAUAUGGUGUCAGAAAAGAUGAAUUGCUGUAAAGAACAAUAUUUGGUUGUGUAGGUGCUCUUAGUGUAUAUGGUUAAGUAGUGUUUUGUGAACCUAUGCUACCAAGAAAUUUGCUGCUGAAUAUAAAUGCUCUACUUGUAGGGAUUUUGUUUCUCUAA